AAAACGUCAAACCUCUCCGUUGCGUGCGGGUGCUUGUCGGAGUCCGUCAGUUGAAUUCAGUUCGCGUUGUUUCGCAAGCCGCGUAAACGUCAAUUUUGUAGUGACAUCAUAAAAAAUUGGGGCGUGUGUGUUCAGUGAUAUUUAAUAUUGUUAAAUAACACGAGAAAAUGUCUUUCAACACCGAUAUCUCGAGCAAAUUGGAGAAAAGCAGGAACACCCUGCGCAAAAUUGCCCGCCACGAUGACACUGAGUUCUCAAAGCAGAGUAUACUGAAUGACAUGGAGAAAUUUGUUAAAAUGGUGAAUGUCAUGGAUGAAACUGUGCUUGUGCCCAGCCGUCUGAUGAACUUGCCCCAGGAGGGUGAUGAUGACCCUUUCAGCAUGUUCGCCAUGUUGAAUGAUUUGAAGACUGAGCUGCUCUGGUCGAGUGGUGACUCAGAGGAGCACGAAAGGCGAGUUGAGCGGGGCAGGCGAGUGUCAGACCUAAGUGACACUGAAAGUGAUGCAUCAAGUGCUGCUGGCGAUUCUGGUAUCGAGGGAGAGGACGAGAGGGAGUCGGCUGCGCGGUCUGCCGCUGCCUGCCGGCGACAUCUGCGUGGCCUGCGCCGUUCCCUUCGUUCGCUCACCGCCGCCGCAGCUCACCUCACGAGAUCCUACCAGGAAGAAGUCGGUGCACCGGUUUAAGGGACAUACCCACACAAUAUUCCUGUGAUUGAUUGAAAGCCUGUCCUGCACGUGCUGUACAUAUAGAGUAAGCGGGCCGAACUGUACAUAUAGGUUAUUAGGGCUCGGCGUGUAUGGGAUUCUCAGUAAGUUAAAG